AUGGGUCUGUCUCCUAAUCCGCCUGUCUUGAAAGCCGGCCAACCAAGCAAAGCUCUCGCGGAAUGGACUCGCGAAGAGAUUGCAGCACGUAUCCUCGCUGGCGAGGCACUCUUCAUCUAUCGUUCACGCGUCGUACGUGUAACUCCCUCUUGGCUUAAGCGGCAUCCAGGUGGUGAACUUGCAAUCCUCCACUUCGUCGGUCGAGAUGCUACGGACGAGGUUGACGCCUUCCACGUUGACGACGUCCUUCGGACAAUGCAGCAUUAUAUUGUUGCACGCGUCAGAGAUGGUCUGAACGGAUGGGAACCACUUGUGCCUCCGUACAUGAACGGCUGGCUCUGGCGGGAUGGACAAUGGGUCCGUCAAGCCGACCCAAUACACAACACUCCCGCUGGGGUGAGGGCAGAAGCUGCUGGCUACAACCAUGACGAAAUAAGCCCGUCAUCCCAAAUCCUUCUGGUAGAAAAGGGAACUAUCGGUCAGCAGGUUAAGAUUGACAGGCCCAGUCUGGAGACAAUUUCGCCUCCUCCCAGCACGCUAUCCCGUAAAGUGCAGGCACAACACUCAGUUGCAUACAAAGAACUCCAUCAACGCGUCAUUAACGCUGGUCUCUACAAAACGCGAUUCGUGACUGGUAUCGGACCCGAUAUACUCCGUUACAUUCUGUUUGCUGGUCUUGCUGCUUGGUUCUAUCAGAAACACUGGUUCUUCCUCAGUGCAGUCUUUUUGGGCAUUUUCUGGCAUCAGCUCACGUUUUUCGCGCACGAUUUGGGUCAUAUGGGCGUCACUCAUAACUGGACCCUUGACCGCCUGAUUUCUAUUUUCAUUGCUGAUUUCUGUGGGGGACUAAGUAUUGGUUGGUGGGUCAACAAUCACAACGUGCAUCAUCUCGUCACGAAUCAUCCUACGCAUGACCCGGAUAUAGAACAUCUUCCUUUCUUCGCUAUUUCUCCGCAUUUCCUCUCAAGCCUGUAUUCCUCGUACUACAAGCGCGUACUCCCAUUUGACUUCGCCUGCAAGCUCUUCAUUCGCAUUCAACACAAGCUUUUCUAUGUUGUCAUGUCGCUAGCGCGUUUCAACCUUUACCGACUGUCGUGUAGUUACUUAUUUAACGCACGACAUGCGAAUGUAAAGGCGCGUGGAGGGCGCUGGAGCUGGUGGUGCGAGAUCGUCGGUAUUCUGGUAUUCUGGGCGUGGUACGGCGCGGUUCUCCGUGGCACUGGCAGCUGGCAAAAUGUGCUGAAAUACAUGCUUGUGAGCCACGUCAUGACGUCGCCUCUUCACGUACAGAUCGUACUGUCACAUUUUUCCCGCUCGUCCGCAGAUUUGGGACCUGUCGAGUCGUUCGCGGCACGUCAGUUGCGUACAACGGUAGACGUCAUUUGCCCUGAAUACAUGGCAUUUGUGCAUGGUGGGCUACAUCUACAGGUGACGCAUCACCUCUUCCCACGUCUGCCUAGACACAACCUCAAGGCUGCCAGCAAACUCGUCAAGGAGUUCGCGAAAGAACAGGGUCUUGAAUAUGCCGAAUUCGGAUUUAUAGAGGGGAAUAAGGAGGUUCGAGGAGUAUUGAGGAACGUUGCGCAGCAGGUUAAGGUUAUGAAUACUGUGCUGGACGCGAACAUUAAGGAGGCACUGAAUGUUGCUUCACAAUAGACAUUUUCAACGCAGUAGAAUAACGGAUUAUAAAAGUAUAUCCCGAUGCAAUCUGAUCUCAUCUUCAC